UUCUUCUUCAGGUGCGUUUGGUGUUGGUUCAGAUGAAGUGUCAGUGAUGGAGGGAGAUUCAGUCACUCUAAACACUGGUGUUCAAACAAACCAACAAGAUGAUAUUAGAUGGUAUUAUAAUGACACUCGCAUCGCUGAAAUCAAUAAAGAUCUCAGUAAGAUCUGUACAGAUGUUCAGUGUAAUGAGAGAUUCAGAGACAGACUGAAGCUGGAUCAUCAGACUGGAUCUCUGACCAUCACAAACACCAGAAACACAGACUCUGGAGUUUAUAAACUGAAGAUCUUCAGCAGCAGCAGCGACAGUGAAAAGAUCUUCAGUGUUAAUGUCCAAGGUGUUUCUGCUGCUGAAAGAGAUGAAGUGAAGAGAAACGAGGGAGAAUCUGUUACUUUUGAUCCUCCUGUAGCAAGAAAACCAAAUGAUGUGAUGAUGUGGUAUUUUAAUGAUAUUCUCAUCGCUGAAAUCACUGGAAAUCCAAAUAAAACCUGUACAGAUGUUCAGUGUAAUAAUGACACUGAGAGAUUCAGAGACAGACUGAAGCUGGAUCAUCAGACUGGAUCUCUGACCAUCAUGAACACCACAAACACAGACUCUGGAGAAUAUAAACUACAGAUCAACAUCAUCAACAACAGCAGCUUCAGCAUCACUAGAGUGAAGAGAUUCAAUCUUACUGUCAUUGAUGUUCCAGGUUCAGGUCUGUCUUCAGAAGCUGCAGCAGGAAUUGUUUUUGGUGGUGUUGUUGUUGGUGUUCUGCUGGUUUAUGCUGCUGGUGCGGCUGCGAUUUACUACCGUCGCAGACAGAGACAUAUAGCAGUACCACUGAAUGAUGAUGGCUUGUGAUAACGCACCACGUGACCUGACUGACAUUACUUUGAAAAGGAGGAUUCCUACAAUCAGACUCAGACUGAGGCAGCCAAUAAAACAAUGUAACAUCAUUUAUAAUUUUGAUACUUUCAUUGAAAGGGACACUGAAGAGAAUUAGGAAAUGAUGGAGAGAAGAUCAGCUGAAACUCUCAUCGCUCACAGAGUAAUUGUGUCUCGAUUCCAGGAUUUCAAUAGUCAGUGCCAAUACCAGUCAAAUUUCACUUAUUACCAAUUUAAAUAUGACAUUAAAAACGAAUUUGAUGUAUGUUUAUUUUAGUGAUUUAAAUGAUAAAUUAAGAGACACAUACAUUUCUGUGAAAUACUAUUGAUAUUUGAAAUCAAUACUAGAACCACAACCUGCCUUGAUUAUCUUGGUGCAGCUUAUUCAUAUUCAUUUAUUUUAUUUUAAAGUUGGUGCAUUAGAGUAUGAAAAUACUUGGUGUGAUAAUGUCAGGAGGAAUGUUACAGUACAAACUUAACACAAAUGUGUGUUUAAAACAAUGACAUUUUUAUAGCAAUUAAAUCAUAGUAUGUCUUCAUACGUUUGGUAGAUAUCUUUAUCUUCAUUGUUAAAAUGUGCAAAAAUGAGUAAUUGAAAUGGUCAAAUUCAGAUAUUUUAUGAGGUGCUGAUUAGUUCUUUCA